AUGGAUGAACCCAUUCCUGAGGAGCCUGUGGCUAAUGCUCCAAGAGCUCAAAAGGAUGCUUACACAAAGCAUACCAAUGACUUAGUGGAUGUAGGAUGUCUAAUGUUAGCUACCAUGGUUUCAGAACUUCAAAGACAUUUGGAACACAUGGAGGCUUAUGAGAUGAUUGUACAUCUCAAGGAAAUAUUCCAGCAACAGGUAAGGCAAGAGAGGUAUGAGACCAUCAAGGCCUUACACUCUUGCAAGAUGGCUGAGGGUGCAUCAUUUAGCACUCAUGUUUUAAAGAUGAAGAGCUAUAUUGAUCACCUUGAAAGGCUUGGAUUUCCCUUAAACCAGGAGUUUGCUACAGAUUUGAUCUUAAACUCACUCCUGAAAAGUUAUGACCAGGUAGUAAGCUGGAAGAGCUUAAAGCAGAGCAUAAUAGCUGAUUCUGCAAUAAAAGCUGAGUAUCUAGCAGCAUCAGAUGUAGCAAAGGAAGCCGUUUGGAUUAGGAAGUUCAUUGUUGAACUAGGAGUGGUACUUAACAUCUCAGAUCCAAUGAACUUGUUCUAUGACAAUAGCGGUGCAAUUACAUAG